AUGACGACAGUAGCACCACCACCGCCAACCUCGUCGACUAUCCGCGGAGGGAUCCUCUUGUGCUCCAGUGGCCUCUUGUUUGAGUGCCCUCGUUCGAUUUCGGCUACUGCGGUCAUUUCUCUUACUCGGAGGCCUUGGGGGCAAUUGAGGUCCCAGAGCCGUUCCAGACUUGUAGUGGUUGCCAAAGCUGUGGAUUCAACCCAGCCCUCAUCUUCUUCCUCGGCGGCUGCGGUUCCGGAGAAGAGUGUCGUCGAAGACGACGAGUUCUCUCUGGCCAAGGUAGGAUCCAUUCAUACCUCUCUUCAUGUUAUCUACCUGCUGCACUUGUUUUGAUACUGGAACUGGUGAAACCUGUGGGUGUGCUUCCUCAUCGCCGGCGCAGAAAUUCCUGGAAUUCCCAGUCGUUGAGUAAGCGAUAAUCUUAGUCAUCUGUGAAACUGCCUUGUAAGGUUAUUUGUUUAUUGGAGGAACUAUCAGUUCCGUUUGGCUGAGGUUGUUCACAAUUUCUUUUAUGAAAAUAAUAAUCUCGGAGGAAAUAUGAAUUUAACCAAUCUAUUUAGAAGAACAUUGCCAAAAUCUUUCCCAUCUGUUUGGAGUUCUAACUGCGGUUGUUAGUAUUGUUAAAAAAAUAACCAAGAUUGGUACGUAACUUUAUACAUUCUACGUCAUUAUGCCUCCUCUCUUCUACUCCUAUUUAUGAGCGUUCUUCACAUAGUCUUAGAAAUCAUGCCGUGGCACUAACAACUUAUUGAUUGGUUGCUGACUCAGACUUUGUUAUCUGUUCUUCCUGCACAUGAACUGUUCACUUUGAUAAGCUUGAGGUAUUUUUUCAAGUUUCAAUUACUGUUUUUAAUAUCCCCUAUCCCAUAUCACAGAAAAAGUGAAGCACGGGUAAAAACACAUUAAAAUUCUUAUUAUUGCGUGUACUUUUGUGUUGCUUUCCUUUGACUAGGUUGAGUAUGAUAUAGGUGGGUAUUGUGAGAUUAGAAUACUCUAAAACACACUACAAAUGAUACGUUAACUGUCAAACUUUCUGUGGCAGGGUUAGUCCGUGUUAUCAUGAUUAUUCAUAUUUCAUUAUAAGGCCUAUACAUGUUACUGAUUCUGGGGAGACAUAGCUAUAGCAAAAUAAUCGCUUUUCUUGCCUUCCUAACACACUUAUCUUGGAACAUUGGGGAUAAAUUAUUUCCUCAUCUGGAAAGGUAAAUAAAUUUUCUUAUUCUUAGAUAAUGGUUCUUCUAGGCUUUAUAAAUUUCACAUGGAUUUAUUAAUGAACUACGAUUUUUUGGGCCUAGGUAUGUAGGCUUCAUGAUUUUGUAUCCUUCCAAUUUUUGAUAAUACUGUCACAGUGUAUUACAUAAGAUAUCUCUUGCUGCAGAUAUCUUUUGGUGUUAUCGGGCUAAGUCUUGGGUCUGCACUUCUUUCGUAAGUAAAUGUCUGAUGCAAUUAUUAAGUUAUUAAUGGCAAAUUCUUAUUUUUAUCUUGUGGCCCAUGAAAAAUUUCUAGGUAUGGCUUUGGGGCAUAUUUCACCGUUUUUCCUGGGUCUGAAUGGUCUGCCUUGAUGCUAACAUAUGGCUUUCCUCUUGCCAUCAUUGGUAUGGCUCUUAAGGUAGACUGGUUCUCUCUUUUACUUCGGUUUUUACAAAUAUUAGUGUAGUGACUGGAUAACCAGGAUAUCAUCUGAACCCUAAAAUUGCUCAAUAUUUUUUAUGCGUUUCAACCUUGGCUGCAAAUCAAAAGUGCGUUACCAUGAAUUUUUUUCAUAUUCACGAGUUGAACAAAAGCUUUAUGUCAGACAUCUGAGUUGUUUACGUAUUUUAUCUUUGUUCGUAUAAAUUAUAAUUUUAUGUAAAUCUCAUAAUAAUUGUAUGGCAUCAGGUAUUGUCCAGUAUAUGCUAAAUGCUUAUUAAUUUGUUGAAUGGAAAAUAAUUGCAAUCUGCCUUGAAUUUUUUGUAAGGACAAUGAGCAGAAAGAAAAUAACAUGAUUACGAAUCCAUCACAGAUUUGAGCGAAAAUGUAAGGCUAGACUUUGGUAACUUUAAUCUACGUGGUAUCCUGUUUAUAUAGCUGCUCUAUAUUGAAGCAUCAAGGUCCCAGGUUUUGUCUUACUGGUUUCUUUCUUUCCAAGUUUUUAAUGUUUGGGGAUAGACUGACAGGGGUGGCUGGCUAAGUUCUUUCUUCCAGCCCUGGAAGUUUCGUUUUCUUUAAGAAGAUAACAGCUCGGAGCUAGGGAUAUGAUUCCAGAUCGGAGCCUAGUCACUCUGCUCUCACUCUAAUUUUGGUUCUAAAACAGCACGCCCUAGAUUCGAUCUUGCCUUUCCAGGGUCGGAACCUGGAGGAUUUGCUCCCUUGAACAAUCGAUGACCAUUGUUCAUCUAAUACCAGUGUGCUUCAUCCGAUUCAAGUGCCAUUCAGCCAGUUCUUCAAACUUUGUGUGGUGAACAAUCUAAGAUUCACUGCAUUCUUCGUCAUAUCAUUUUCAUUGUUUUUCCAUUACCACUUUGACCAUAGCACAUUGUGCUAAACUUUCAAAAAUUAUUUAACUCAAUUGCUUUCAUUACAGAAAAAUAUAUCAGGAAGAAAUCAUUUUCUUGAAAUCCAGGAAAUUCAACAUAUUUUAUCAUUUUCACAUCGUUUGAAACAUUAGAAUGCUGCAAGUUUUGAGACAUGGAAAAUAACUCCUUACAGUUUUUGUACCUUAACCUUUUUUCCAGUAUGCAGAGUUGAAACCAGUGCCUUGUAUAACUUACUCUGAUGCUCAAACAUUGAGGGAAAGCUGUGCGACUCCUAUCCUCAAACAGGUGGGUUUGAAGAUGUUUCCAAUUCCGAACUGGAUCCAUCCAUGUUGACUAAUUUUUCCUCCUUUUAUCAAUGGAUUUGAUUGCAUACUAGACGUGAUAUCAUUAUAAAAGCAUGAGGGGGAUAGAAGCAUGAAACUAUGAUUUUUGAUGACAAAGUAAGUUCAAAAUGACGUCAAUCAUUACUAGUGCUUUGAGGUGAGUAUUAUCCUUGUAGCAGUUUACUUGAAUGGAAAACAGUGUUGAAUGGAAAACGCUUUAGAAUAGUCACACUGUUAGAAAUUGAUAUUCGUGGCGUUUAUUCUUAAGGUUUAUGCAAGUUGGACUGGACAUGACACAGAAAAGGGUCUUCUAGGAACUGAAAGUUCAUAGAUUGUGCUUCAGAUGACAUCAGCGAUUUAACUGAAAACAUUAUUAAACUAAGUAUUCAGAAGGCAAGUGUCUGCUGGAUUCAAGUUAAAUAAACAUAACAUCUGAUUAAUCGUGAAUUUAAAGCUUUAUAAUACCGAUGCUCACUGAAAUAUCAGGGAUAUUAGCUCCUGGUUAAGUCUUUUGCUGUCUUCCACAGAUUUCAUGAACAUAUCGACCAUGCAGCAGUCAUAGUGUCACUUUUUCUCUUGCUUUUCUUCUUUGCUCGGUGCUGGUUUGUGAUGUAUUCAUCAUUAAUUGAUGUUUUGCAGAACCAUUCGUGGUAUUUAUGUUUUUCAUGUGCCUUUGACUUUAAUUUAUCUGUAAGUAACGGACUUUUAAGGAAAAGUGUAAUUCCUCAGAAUUCUUGAGUACACCCAUUAACCACGAAAUGGCAUACAUUUAAUAUCUCAAAUUAGGUUAAUGCCAGCCUCUCAACUAUUACUAACUUACCAAGCAGGUAAAAUGUGAAGACGAAAAUGGUGUAGUCUUCAACUGAGGCUCUUAGGGACUAUUCAUUGGGCUGGCGAUCUUGCCUAGGCAUAGACAUCAUUUACAAGAGUGAAGAAAGCAACAGUUGGUGUAUGGACUCCUGGCAUUUCUCAGACGUCAGAAUCCAAAUCAAGCGUUCAAGAUGUUAUGGAUAUUCCUCUCUCCUACCUUGUUUCGUUUUACUUCUGCCUAUCAAUUCUGCGAUACCACAAAAAGGACAAUAUGGGUUGGUGGGUUGACAUUCUUGCCAUACAGUUUCUUCGAGUGCUAGUGUCCGCUUCUGGGACUUAGCAUGCUUUGCAUAGCGAAAGCAAUCUUGCCUUUUGCAUGGUAUUCAUCUAAUCGUGACGCCAACAUAAGUUUAUUAUAUCCAAUCAGCUAUUUCAUUUGUUACUAAUUUCUCUUUCAAUCUGGUUUUUCUCUUCAUUUAGCUGUUAUUGAUUAAUGAUCAAAUGUAUGGUUUACUUAAAUGUGAUUAAAACAGUGAUUGAUGUGACUUCUGCUCUUAUAUCUAGAAUCUGCAUGAUAUAUCUGCACUAUUGGAUUUGAAAUCAUCACACUGAAAGUAUUUGAUCUUUAGGUUAGGAGUGAUGUUACAAGAUACCGUUAUGGAGAUGAACAACACUUGGAGGAGGCCUUAAAACGGAUUUUCCAAUAUGGUCUGGUAAUGCUUGUUAAUCCACUAUCAACUUCUUCAUGAUGCUUAAUGCUUAAUUUUUUUGUCCCCUUUUACCUGCUAAUUCAAAGCGGUUACCUUUUUUAGUCCAUCUUUAUGUCCCUUUUUUAAUUGCAGAAUCCAAAAGUGGUUUCCUGACAGAAUUUUUAUCUUUAAUUUUAUGAUAUGUUUUGGCACACUUGGAGUUGAUAAUCAAUAUUUUUUGGAUGCCCAUUGUCUGAGACUGAGGUUCCUGUGGGUGCUGUUUGUUCUAAAAUUUUUGGUAAAAAGAAUUAUGGACACCUUUAGUAAUUCUAUCUGGAGUAAGUCGAUAAAAUGAUCCGACUUGUAGGAUCAGGCCUAACUGAUCCAAAAUUUAAAAGAAACAUGUGCAAACGUGAAUCAAGUUCUAAUGAAGACUGAGAUUGGAUCAAGUAGUAUGAGACAUUGGAGAUGCUGAAUAUUGAGUUCAUAUUCAGAACACUUCCUAUUCUAAUUUGUCCCUAACACAGCUGUGUCAACAAAACCGAUCUUAAAUUCCAACAGUGGUCUCCCACAAAUAAUAGCUUAUUUGCUAGAUCGAGGAGGAACAUUCUUCAGUAUUCAUAGGAUUUGAUUUUAAUAAUAUAUGACAUAAGAGGAAAGAAAAAAAACAAGUGUCGUACAGAAGUGUCCACAUCAUCUCCACAGAUGAGGAAAUCGCAAUGCAUCUUGCUCAGCAGACAUAGCUUGGAGUGGGUGUGUUGCAGGGGGUAAGGUAAGGAAGAUGGCCUAAGAGAGGAAACCAAACCAACUAGGGUCUAUUGAGCGCAGCUAAGCUAAUUUGCACCGGAGAAAGCCAGCAGCAAGUUUUAAAGCCUAGCUUUGUAUAGUUUUGGUUGGCAUGAGUUGUUGCCAAAAUGGAGAGGUGGCAUUACCUUAUUUUUUCCAACACUCUGUAAAGUUCCAUCUCAAGCUAUCUCCUCUUCCUUUGCUUUUCCGUCCAUGCACAGCAUCCUUUUGUCACUUUAUCGGUGUCAUGAGUGUCAGUGUACUAUUUUUAGAUUCCUUGUGAGGUACAGAAUUAUGUUCACUGUCAUCCACUGGUGGAUCUGUGCCACUGGUGCCUCUCAGAUUCAGUGAAACCAUAUUUUCUGGAUGCAACAAAGAUGCUACCUGCUCAUCUUCACAAGGAAGAAACCACCUGAGAGCAGUUCUGAUUGUAUUUUGUCUUCCUUUAUGUGUCAAAAAAGUACCUAAGCAUUUUCACAUUUAUUUUUAUCAGUUGUCCUAUUUUGUCAAAUUGUCUUCGUUUUUUAUUUCCCUUUUCUCUUUUCGUGAAAUUUUCUUUCUUCAAAGUUAGAAUAAGCCCAUUCACUUCCUAAUUUUCUCAUCUAUCCUAUCCAAUCUGGUUUAGGUAGAAAUUCAAUUUUCCCAAUUAAUCCAAUCGUGCUGAGUGAUCCUUCUCUCAGCAGGCUGUGUUCAUAUGCAGGCAAUUUGUAUUUGCAUAUCAUAAUUUUCAUAAAUUUAUUUCAACUCACAAUUUUUGAAAUAAUUCCCAUUCGUCUAUCUAUCUAUUAAAUGGUCUUCAUACCAUUUUUAUAUCUAAUGGUUACUUAACGAUUCAAAUUCCCUCCACUAUAUGUAAACAUGGUUUUGUAAGCAUUCUCGUCAUUACAUCCUAAAUCACCAAUAAGUGGUUUGUAUGCCACAUUUCAAAAGGGAUUUCCUUCAUAAGGGUUUCAUAGAGUUAAUUAUGCAACGGAGGCUAUUUGCAUAUAUCCUCAGAAAGGCGGGAUGUCUCAGUGAUGUGUUCCCCAAAAUGGGGUUGAUUUUUUCUUAUGUUUAUCAUGUUAUUGUCAGGAAAAUAAGUUACCUAAGUGGGAUUCAGAAACGACGUUUAUCAUGGUAAGUUCAUAUUUUUAUCACCUGAAAAUUCCAGUAGUAAAAGGUGCCAUAGUAAGAAAACAAGCACACCUCUCAAGUGACUCAUCGUAAUUGAAUCUUAAUUUCUUGGAGAACAUAUUUAAAUUAGACACUUCAAAGCUUACAAGCCAAUUUUCAAUAGCCUUGUCUCUAGACAGAUUUGAUCCUCGGACGUCCAUCUUCCCCAGCUCAUGUCAGAUAUUGACAAAUGAAUUAGUUUUUUUCUUACUUUUGGUGUAGCUUGUAGUUGUGCUCAUGUAAUUGUUAAUGCUCUUGUGAUGAUAGCUUGGUUUCUAGAAACCGUGUUUUGGAAUAACUUGAAAAAUUGCCCCCUCUUCCCCCUAUUGUCAUUGACAUUUUCUUCACUGGAUUUCCAGGGGGGUGGAAUUCCGCGGCGAAGUGCACCUACACUCAAAUUGAUUCGUGAAGAAGUAAAUCUUCUAUUUGUUAACUUGUUUCGUUGAUCCGAGUAUUUUAAAAUCUUAUUUGUUGUUGAUUCUAUCUUCUGUCAAAUGGUAAUGAGCUAAUCAUGUCACUGUUACAUUCCAAUGAAGAUUCAGAAGCUCAAAGUUUGGUGGUUAUGUUUCGAUUUCUUCCUAGUUGCUAAGCUUAUCCACUAAAACGUGGAAUUACAUUAGUUAUCUUACUGUUGCGGUGUUCGAGUGAAAGAACAGAUACUGAAGUUUAUGUGUCUGAAUAGUUUUACCUUUCAAAUAAUGUAAAAUGGAAACUGGUUUAUGAAGGAAUUUCGUGUAUUUAUUUAUAAACCUCGCAAUGCUUAUCAUAACUAUUCAAGGUUUGAACUUUGGUAACUAGAAAUCGUGAUUUUAUUUCCUUUAAUCAAAUCUACAUGAUAUCUUAGAUAUCAGAGUAUCUUUUUAUGAAGAUAUAUGACUCUUGAUUUCCAUGCCUGAUUAGAGAUUAAGACUCCUUUGAGUUUAUGGGCUUUUUCAAUGUUCCAUAACCUUUUGAGAUACUGGAAAUUAGAUACGCCUUCUUUCCUAAUUGUUAACUUCAUGUGAAUGAAAUAUCAAAAACAUUUUACAACUGGAUGUCCUGUCUGACAGCAACCUGAUUCCUUACGCCAAUCCUGCAGUUGACAGUGUAAAUGAUGAUUCACACUGGAAGAAUUAUGAUGACGUAGUUACAUGAUUGCAAUUGCUUGGAUAGAUUAGGCUGUAAAAAAAUGACGAUUAGGUCAGUGCUAGAAUAUAGAUCAGAAGGUUAAGUUACUAGGGAAGAGUCACAUUGCCGAGAGAUGGGUUGUUGAAAGAAAAAUGCUAAGGUGAAAAUUUGGAAAGAUGAAAAUAGAAUCUGCUUCAAAUGACUCUACUAGAGUCAUUUCGUGAAUUGCAGUCAUGCCAUGUUUAUGUUUGAAUUGCAUUCUCAAAAUGCUAUCAAGGGUAUGUUCCAUAAAUAUCAUUUGAUGUGGCGGAAAUAGAAGAAAAAUAUUGAUAAAUAUGUUGCUCUAUGAUCGCCAUUUUUCUAAGGAAUCUAGAAGGGAAAGGAAACUUAUUUAUUUAUUUUUGAUGAGGCUUGAGAAAGAUAUGAAAUUAGGGAUUCUGGAUACGUGACAAUAAUGAUGUGGAAUAAGAUCCAGGUCCUUGAUAGCAAUUGGCUUGGACUGGUUGGUUGUGUUGAUUGUGUUGCACUGUUAUUAAUGUUUAAUUUUUUGAAGAAGUAUCUUCAAAAUUCAAAAUAUGCUAGAUAAUGGAAAGUGACAUGUGUGUAAUCAUUGAUUGAUGUCAGACAAUUAUUAAUCAAAAGGUUUUCUUUGAAUACCGAACUGGAUGGUUUGGACCAUAUAUAGUUCGUAAAAUGAUCUGUUUUCAGGUGAUAAUCUUAGUAUUCAAUUGACAUGAAUAAAAUUUCCAAUCUGAAAAUUUUCAAACGAAUGAACCAAAUUCGAGUCUUUAAUAAAUUAUAUUGUUUAUGCCGUGACCACCUUUUUCCCCUGCUUAAUCGAUAGGAGGGACUAUAUAAAGAGUUAAUUCGUAGUUCGGAAAUUUCUUCAUUAUUUGCUUUUCUCUCAUCAUGUACAGAUGAAUUUUUAUCAUAUGAAGAUGUUCUUAUGAUACAUUGUUGUGUAUGUUAUUUCGUACUGUAAUAUUUUUGACAUGGUUAUGAUUUAUAUAUACUAUCGUGUUUAAAAUGUUUAAUGCUAAUAUUUUAUUUACUUGAGUCAGAUUGGUGAACUGUAACUGGUAAGUGAUAUUGUAACUACCUGGUUGAAUUAUGGAUGUUUUCUGCUAAACACUUCAAGACUAGGUGGCUAAUGCGCCAAUAUAUCAUUUCAGCGUAGGGCUUGUGAGCAUUGCAUGCUUACGGUAUAAUUAUUAGUCAAUUAAUGAUUAUGGGGACUGUUACGCAGUUAGCAAGCCUUUACCACUUACUAUGUUCAUGAUUAUCAUCCGACAAUUGGUCGAUUCCAUUUGGCAUCUAGGCUUUCUGUAAUAACGUUUUAAUUUUCGAGUUGAGAGCAUCAGCGAUCUAGUCAGCACACAAUGCCAAUAUGACCAAUUAUUUCAUAUGUAAAUGCCAGUACGAAUCCUGUGAUAAAGCUUCCUCACCAUAUCAUCUGGGAUAUAAUUGAAGAGAGGGAUGAUAGAAUUCUUUUUUUAGUUAGCUUUUAAAUUUUGUGUUCCUUGGGAUCCUUCCUCGUUGAUUAUUCAGUCAGGAGGCUGAGUAGCUUAUGAUCUCUGAUAUAAAAAUUAUCAUUGGGAAAUUUCUUUGUUGACUGUAAACUGGUUGUUUUAUGUUCAUGGAAGGCUGCUUUUCUACAUCCAUAGUGCACGUGGAGCACCAUUACAUUCUUUAGCUAUCUAUCUCUAUGUUAUGGGACCACACUGUUAUGGCGUUUCUCGUUUACAUGUUUAGCUAUUUAUACUUGAAGAGAAAGAAUUUUUUCCAUCAAUUAUGAAUCGGUUAUAAACUUGUUGCCCGUGAUUUCUGUUAUUUUCCUCUACUCAUUGAAUGCCGAUUUUGAUUAGUUUUUUUAUAUUUUCCUUGAAGGUUAUUGAAGAUGGAAAGUACUCUCUUGUUCUUGUAUUUGAAGCGAAGGCCUUGCAGUUGUCUGAUUUCGAGCAGAGACAGGUAGAUGCACCCGCACCCUUUUAUUUAUAAAUCCUCCUGUUUAAAUCUAUUUUGAGAUUAAUUUCAAUAAUGCUAUAUAAAUGUAUCACCCAAAUUUAGCUAACGCUGAAAGGCCAAAUCUUAGUUUUUCCAGGUCUCUAAGAUCAAGGUAAGAACAUAUAGGCAGUGAUUGGAGUUGUUGUGAUCGUAUCUCUAAGACAAGCUAAAACUUUCGUGCCUUCCUCAUAAUGUGAUGACCACCUACUUGUUGAGUUCUCGAGUGUUAGAAUUGUUGGGUCAUCUUACUCAGAACUAAUCGGCAAUGAAUCAGGUGGACCCUUGUUCGUAAUUAAAGGUUUAUUUCUAUAAUAAUAACUAUGGGAUUAUUCUUAAUAUAGCAAUUUCAUUAGGUACCCAAGGGCAGUCAGUGGUUCUGAUAUUAUGCUACACUCAUUAGGUUAUCCAACUUGAAACUAGUUGCCAAUUAAUAAAGUAAACCCAUGACUUUGGCAACCACAGGGUUAUUUCCAUAAAAAUCAAUAUGAGACUAUCCUGAACUCUAGGCAUUUUAGUGAGCCAGGCACUCCAGAACAUGAUGAGGCUUGGAGUAUCUCAUAUGUUCUUGCUACCCAAGCCCUCCUUUACCCAAUGCCUCUGCAUGAUGCAAUUUCAGCUACCUUGGGUUGCUAGUCGGCUGGGUAACCUUCUAAAUUUUGUGUACAUGGAAUUUCAGGCAAAAUUUACAUCGUUCUUUGGCCCGGGAGUGACUGCCCAAGUUGGUGAGUCACUGUAAUCAAAUUGUCGGAUUUAUAUGCUGUGUUCCAUCACAUUGUUCCACUUGGAUUCAGCGGGCUUGAUACUUCUGGUGCAGGGAAAGGCGAUGAGGAUACCUAUGAAGUUCGUCUAGUCUCCAACACUCCACCAAGUUAA